UUUUGAUUUCAUUUCUUUAUGAAAUCAACAUAAUCUUUAAUCUUCUUCAACUUUCUUUCAGAUCAAUAACACUAGUUAGCAUGGCGAAAGCAGAAGCUGGCUCACCAAAGGCACUUGCCAAUCGUAUGAAGGCCAAAGGUCUUCAAAAACUAAAGUUUUAUUGCCAAGCUUGUGAAAAGCAAUGUCGAGACGAAAAUGGCUUCAAAUGUCAUAUCAUGAGUGAAUCCCAUCAAAGACAAAUGCUUCUUGUAGCGGCCAAUCCACAUAAGUUUGUGGACAACUUUACCGACACCUUCCGAAAAGAAUUCCUCAGUUUAUUAUCUCGGCGUCACGGCACAAAGCGAGUAUUAGCGAAUAGAGUAUACCAAGAAUAUAUUUCAGAUAAGCAACACAUCCACAUGAACUCUACAAAAUGGAAUACCUUGACUGAGUUUUGUAAAGAGCUGGGUCGUGAAGGUGUAUUAAGAGUAGAUGAGACAGAGAGAGGGCUUUAUAUUUCCUGGGUGGAUACUAGUCCAAAAGCUUUAGCAAGACAGGCGGCUAUUCAAAGAAUGGAUCGUCAAAGAAAGGAUGAUGAAGAGAGAGAAUUACAAUUGAUAAAGGAACAAGUAGAAAAAGCAAGUAAAUCUGCUGAAGAACGCGGUCUGAGUACAACAGACCAAGAAGCGUCAGAAUUGAAAAGGGUAGGAGAACAGCCUAUUAAGCUGGCCUUAUCAUUAAAACCUGCAGCAGCAACAACAGCGACAGCAGCAACUACAGAAACCAAAUCACCCGAUAACGGCCCAAAAAUGAUACUGGGUGGUUUGAGAAAGAAGAUGAGCUUAGCAUCUUUAGCUAAAAAAUCAUCAGCAGCAUCAAGUCCUUCAAAACCAGCAAACAGUACGUCAAGUAGUAGUAUGAAAUUUGGCAAUAUGACUUUGAAACGUAAAGAACCAGAUGCUAGCUCAGUUGAACCAGAUAAUGCUAAAAAAUUGAAAGCAUGAAAGAAUCGUCUACAAUAAAGUAUUUAUUCAUAAUCCGUCAGUUUUAACCACUGCUUUUUUCCAUUUUU